AUGAAAUUAAUCCAGAACCAUUUGCUUAGGAAAGAUACAUUUGGAUCCAAUCGCACUAUUUAUCCUAUACAUGUUUUGCUAAUUAAAAGAAGACUACUGCCUACUCAAAAAGCCUAUUUUCAUCAGAAUAGAAUUCAAUUCAGUGAGAAAAAGUCACAAUUUACUAACAACGUUGACAAAUUUAUCAAUGACAAGAAGUGGAAUAGUCUGAAGACAAAAAUACAUCAAACUAAGACUAACUGUAAUGCUACUAUGUUAGAAUUAUUGAAGCAUCUGCGAUUUGCUAAACAUUCGAUUCAAGAGGCCAAUAAAAAAUUGUUAGAACAGGAAAAAGAGGCCUCGGAUAAGCGGUUAACAUAUAACACCGAUUUACAAACUAACGAUAAGAUUGAGAAUCUACCCUCUGAGAGAGAACUUCAUAGAAGAACUUGGAGUAGAAAGUUAGAAUUUUAUUUAGAUUCGUUGCAAGAGACGAUAUUUACGGCAACAAAGGCUUUAAAUGAUGUAACAGGUUAUUCUGGUAUUCAAAAAUUGAGAAAUAGCAUCGAAUUAAUGGAAUCUCAAUUAGAAUCCACUAAGCAAGAACUAAAAGCAACUAAAUUACAACACUUGACUUCCAAGCACCGUAAAGAUGCUUCUCAGAAAAAACUGAACGAAUUGUUGCAGAGAAAAAGUACAUGGUCACCGAGUGAUUUAGAAAUAUUUACCAAAGUUUAUAAGGAAGAUGCAAAUAAUUUAAAGGAGGAAGAAAGAUUGAAAGUAUUAGUUAAUGAAAUUGAAAUAAAGCAAGAACAAUUAAAUGAUGAUUUGUACAGGGCUAUACUGACAAGGUAUCAUGAGGAACAAAUUUGGUCCGAUAAGAUUAGGAGAACUUCUACCUGGGGUACAUUUAUCCUGAUGGGAGUCAAUAUUUUACUGUUUACAGUUUUCCAGCUUCUGUUAGAACCAUGGAAAAGGCGUCGUUUAACAAGAUCUUUCGAAGAUAAGGUUAAAGUUGCUUUGGAACAAUUUUCUAAAGAUCAUGUAGGACUAGUAAAUACCCCUGAAAAUUCAGAGGAUGGGGAAAAAAUAAUUCAAGAGGAUAAUACUUUAAAUAUGACGAAAAGUGUAGAAGUUCUGAAAAAUCCAACUGAAAAGAAAAAUACAUUGAAUGACGCUAACCAUAUACCAGUUAUCAAUGAAAUAAAUGAAUAUGAGUCUUCUAAAAUCUCCAUCAAAGACAUUCGCUCGCUAAAUGACUUAUUCGACGUAGUCAAAUACGCAUUCUUUAGUAGUAUGGUGAUUAUCAAUUCUAUUUCUGCCCGUUUUAGAAAUCUAGAUCUAUCACACCUUAACGCGCAGAAUUCAUUGAGAUCAUUGGACAUCUACAUAUUUUCAGGGCUUUCUUUCUUAAUCGGUACUGUAUUUACAUCUCUCCUAAGAUCUGCCAGUUAA